AUGAGCGGUGGGGUAAACCCACCCCUGCCUGCAACUGGUUUCGGUCGCCUGCGGAUCCUUGCUGGGGUCUGCGUCUACUCCGUGCUUGGUUCCGUCGCCGACAUCUCCUACGAUAUCCUCCGUACUCUGCGCAUAAUCGCCACCACGCGACCUUCCGCAGAUUACAGGCCGUCAAGCGUCGAUGACUGGACAGACGAACAACUCAUGGACCUACAUGUCAACGGCAGCGAGGAACGUGCUGGCUUGCCCCCGCUGCACGUAGAUCUGGACCCCAGCCUGGUGAACGUCUGGCCAUUUACGCAUGAUACCAUCUGCAAGCGGGACGGUUAUUUGCCCCACGAUAGACCAUCGCCCGAGGGUACCGCCCUCGAUAUUGUGUUCCGCCACACCACCAUACCCGUCCCUCGCGUCCGUCGCACGCUGUACCCCACAGUGGAAGAAGGUUACCGAGAUCAGACGCUCACCAUCAUGGACCGUAUCCCAGGCCGCCCGCUCGAACAAGUAUGGCCUACGCUCUCUCUCCUGGGCAAGCUACGAGUCGCAUGCGUCCUCCGGAGCUAUAUCCGCCAGUUGCGCGCGAUCCGCACCCUCGCGCCAUCAUCCCCGGUCCACUUGCGCCGGCUUGACACCGUUGUCACCAUACAGCCUGAUGUUCGCAGGUGGACUCCAAAGAUUCGUCCCGCCCUGGCAGAACAUCGCGGAGUUCGCGGCAUGGUUGUCGAGCGCUACGAGCACUCGAAGGCAUGCUUCCCCGAGGAGCAUGUGGGGACCACGAUGGAACCCAUGCGCAAUGUAAUGAUUGGUGACGACGGGCGGGUGUAUCUCAUCGACUGGGAGCAUGCCGGGUUCUAUCCGCGAUGGACGGAAUACCGGUCACCUGACGGUACGCAUCCUCAAGAAGACGAAGCAUGUUACCGCGGCGGAGAUGGACCCUCGCAUCGCGGCCAAGUUGACUCGGAAGGGGUGCAGGGAAAGUCGGAGCAGCGUAAGCUCGAGAUUAUGAUCGGCGACUUCGUCAAGUCCACGCUGCCCUGCUUCGACGUCCGCAUCUCGAACACGCCCUACUGGAUCUCCGCCCCGCUCGUCUUCCGCCUGCUCUCGCACCAGCCGCUCUUCCGCGCCGCGUCGCGCCUGUCCGCCAACGUGCAGCUGUACGCUGAAGUCGACCUCGUCAUGAAUCCCUCUCUCUUCCUCGACUAUCUGCUGACGAGGAUGCAACCCAUGCUCAGAAUCGCAUUCCUCUGCGUUGCCACCCUGAUCGCCGUCGCCAACGGCGCCGUCGUCUCCCUCUUCAUCCCCGAUGUCUCCAGCGGCAUCGCCCUCUCCGCCAGCAACGCCGGCACCGACCCCGCCGGCCACACCACCUGGGUCAUCGGCCCCGGCGCCGCCAGCGACGGCGUCACCGCGCCCGCGUCCUUCGCGCAGAUGACCCUCGUCCUGGGCCCCACCGACGCGCACCGCAUCCAGCCCGUCACGCACGCGGAGCCCACCGGGGUCACGCUCCUCUCCGCCCCCGCCGUCGUCCUCCACGACGACUGCGCGCUGGGCGCCUCCGCCGCGGUCUGCACCCAGGCGCUCUCGACCGAGGGCGCGGGCGCGACGACGCUCGCGGUGCGCACCGAGCCCGCCGCGCUCCUGCCCGUGCAAGUCGGCGGCACGGCGCGCGCGGUCGGCGCUGGGGUGGCGGGGGCGGUCGUUUGCGCGGUCGCGGGCGCCGUUGCGGUGUUGGUUUGA